AUGCGGGUCACGAUGUUCCGGACGAUCUUACAAGCGCACACCGUGCUUCGGCAAAACUUACGCAGCUUUUGCCGUCAUGUGCUUUACAUAGGCUGCCGUCGGGCCAGAUCUUCUGCCUUACCCGCCUACAUGGAUGGAUGCAGUCAGGGCUCUUUUCCUCCGCGUCUCGGGCAGAUGCAAAGCGUCUGCCUGAUUCGAAAUGUUAACUGUCCCUUUUGCCUUCAAACGGGAGUCAAUUUUGACAAAUCGCUCCACGUCUCGCCAACUUGGUAUCAUACAUCUGAAUUCCCCAUCGGUCUCCCUUUUAAGCGGGCAUAG